UUUAUUUGUUUUGGAUUGUGAUAUUUUUAAUUAUAAAAACUAAUUUAAAACAACAAAGCUCUUUUUUCUUUUUCUUUUUAUUGUGCUUGCUUUUUUUGUUCUUUCUUUCUUUGUUAAUUUAGCUCAUCAUUUUAUUUUCAAAUUUUGCUUUUAUUAUUAAUUAAUUAAUCUUAUUAUUUCAUAUUUUUUCUUCAUUUUUUCCUUCUAAUUAACUAUUUAAUGAUAUAUUUUUUCUUCAAUAUUUAAAAAGUUACAAUUAAAUUGGUGAUGAAGGUGCAUCAGUCUUAGGUUCUGCUUUAGCAAAUUGCAUUAAUCUCUCAAAUUUGACACUUGAUCUUGGGUAAAAACAGUUUAUUUGUUUUGGAUUGUGA